AUGCUCAAUACUUCCGGAGGCUCUAAGCCAGUUGUCUUUAUCGGUGCAGCAGACGCAAUAUGUGGUGAAGCUAUCAGGCUUUUUGCGAAUGCAAGUGACAUCCCCAUCGUCCUUGCAGAUAGCAAUGAAGAUGCACUCCGCGACGUCGCUGCCAGGCUAUCAGGUAGGCAGGUCGCUACAAGAAAGGUGGACCUCUUUAGUCCUGAUGAGCUACGCAAUGCUAUCGCCGACGCUGCGCUUGUGGUUCAGGGCGCGCAGCCAUACUAUCGCACUUCGACACCUGUAAUCACAGCAUGUAUCGACGCAAAGGUACCGUAUCUGGACUAUUCCGAUGAUGUCCACAGUACACAGGAGUCGUUAGACCUACACGAGCGUGCAAAGAAGGAGGGUGUUCCCUGCUAUAUCAAUUGUGGCUCCUCGCCUGGUAUGUCAAACCUUCUGGUUCUUGACAUUGCCAAAGAGCUUGAUACCAUUGAAACUAUCGACAUCUGCUGGCUUGUCAGUGAGGAAGGCGGUCAAUUGGGUAGAGAGGUUUUGGAGCAUCUCAUGCAUAUAACUGCUGGGCCUUGCUUGACCUGGGCCAAUGGAAAGGCAGCAGUCCAUGAGAACUGGGUUGAAACAUUAUAUGCCCCUGUGAUGAAUGGCUCAGACAACCUUUUUUACGAGAGUGUUCAUCCUGAGCCGGUGACCUUGCCUCGUAGAUUUCCAAAUGUCAAUCGAAUUCGAACUCUAGGUGCUCUUAAUCCAGCGCCUUUUAACGGCUUCGCAAGAGGCCUUGGCGCAGCUGUCCACUCCGGCGCCCUGACCAUGGAUUCUGCUAUCGACUUCCUCGAGAACAUGCAGAAAAAACCGUCUGCAAGCUGGAGCGAAACACUUAGUGCAAUUACUGCCCAAUUCCGCGGCGGCGAAAUUUCACUCAACCAGCUCUACCAACUAGCAUCGGGCAGUAUUUCCUCGCUGAAGCCAUGGAACUUGGCUCUUUGGGGUAUGGUGAACCAGGUGCGUAAGGGCGAGUGCACAUCGGCCGAGGCUUUGGGAUUUCUGAUAAAUUCCGCAAGGGGCAAGCAAGCACCACAUCGCUCUGGUAUUCUUGUUCGAGGAGUUGGCACCCGCAAUGGGCACCCUGCUGUGGUCAUCAGACGCACACCCGAGGUUCGCGAGGACUCAUUCCUAGGCAAAAGCAUGGCUACUUCAAUCGGGGCGUCCUGUGCCGCUUUUGCGCUAAUGGUAUUAGAUCUGGGGACAAAGACGCGUCCUGGUGUCUACUGCCCGGAGGACUGGGCUGAGCCUGAGGUAUUUUUGCGGUCUAUGGAGAAGCUUGGAUGUCCGCGUGAUCAGAUCAUUGAGUCGGUUUCCGCAUAGGGUCAAG